AUGGAAUUCUCUCUCACAAUUGUCUCCGACCUGGACACGGUCCUCGACAACACCCGUGGUAUUCUCUGGACAAUCUUCUUCAACAGACUGUUUGGCCCGAUCACUCCUAAGAAUGACUACUUUCUCGGUGUGCCGUACCCCAAGGUGGUCGGAGCAACUGCACUGGAAGAUCUGAUCAAUUCAGAGGCUACAUCAAUGGUAAAGAGCUUGACGGAUAGCCCGUUAUCUCAAGACGCCGCCGUGUUCAAAAGCUCAAUAGCAAUCAAGUUUUAUGAGCGCGACCGACAUGCCGUUUGCUGGGAAACGUGGACUCUGCGUGUAAACGUUAUCAACAACAGACGGUAUCCGGCUGCGCCCGGGGAGAGACACGAUCUGGAUGCGUACCGCGAGGUAUUCGAAAACAACUUGAUGGAGAUCUGCGAUGUAGUGGAUGCCCACAAGUCCCAUAUACCGGCAAUCACCUCGAUGGAAACGUCUCCAUUCCCAUACCGAAUUCUACGCCAGGACUCCAGCGGAAAUUCGGGCACUGCAAGCGUUGAAUACGUCGCCACUACCGACGCCGGCGAUGUGAUAGUUCAAUCAGCCGCUGCAAACACAGGCGUUUACGGAGAAGAGAUCCUGAGAAACGGCUACAACUUCAUAAAGAAGAUGCUCAGUGAAUGA